AUGUUUUCUUUUACGCGGUUGCAGCCAACGAGCCCUGAAAACAGGGCCAUGGCGGGCCCGAAAUCUGAAAGUCUUGCUCAGGAAAUAAACCAAUCUUUGCUUUCAUUCCCUCCGGACUUUACACUACUUGUUGACGUGGGCUGGGAUCCAGCCUUGUCUAUGGAUCUUACCCAUCUUAUCACAGCAGCUCCGACUAUCGAUGCCAUUCUGUUAACUCAUGCUACGCUUUCACAUUUGGGUGCAUAUGCCUAUCUUUGUAAAAUGUCUACGGAGUUUAACAAUGUUCCAGUCUACUCUACUCUUCCAGUCAUCAACAUGGGGCGCAUGAUUACGCUCGAGUCCUAUAGAAGUAAAGGUUUCUUGGGUCCCUUUUUGGAUGAAAAAAUCACACUUGAAGACGUCGAAGCUGCUUUUGAUAAAAUUAUCCCUUUAAAAUACUCACAAACAGUUACUCUCGACCCUAAUGCCAAAAUGCUUACUUCAGCAUCCAAAACAGAAACAGAAAAACCAAAGAAAAAGAAAGAUUCUGCAUUAGCAAACAUUAAUCUCAGUGGAUCUGUUCAAAUUACGCCUUUUAAUGCAGGUCAUACCCUUGGUGGAACUAUUUGGAAGAUUGCCAAAGACCAAGAGGUCAUCAUAUACUCAGUUGACUGGAAUCAUUCGCGCGACUCGCAUCUUAAUGGCGCGUUUGUUCAACAAGAUAACCUCAUUGAGGCUCUUGCAAAACCAUCGCUUAUGAUCUGUGGUACAAAACUCAGUCAGAUUUCUUCCACUCUUAAAAAACGAAAGCUUUCGCUUUUCAGAAAUAUCCGGGAAACAAUUGAAGCCGGAGGAACUGUUCUUAUUCCCACAUCUACAGGCUCUCGUGUUUUGGAGCUUGUGCACAUUCUCGAUGCUUACUGGGAAGAGGAGAAAAUUUCUGCCCCUCUGCUCUACUUUUCACAUGUCGGUAACCGUACUCUUUCCUAUGCGUCUUCGAUGUUGGAAUGGAUGUCCAGCACUCUAAUUGACGAAUGGCAAGUUCAAAAUAAUUCACCCUUUGACGCAAAACACUUAAAGGUUAUGUCAUCAAUUGACGAACUAGAAAAACUUGACGGUCCUAAAGUAGUCCUGGCUUCUGGAGAAGCAAUGGAAGUUGGGUUUUCUCGUCAACUAUUCUCCAAGAUUUGCUCUCAGGAUUCUUCUAUGGUUAUUUUAACUGAACGAUGUGGACCCGAAACCCUUGCAGGACAGUUAUUCGAUUUAUGGACGGAAGAACGGCUGGUUUCGGACGACCCCCAAAAUUCGAGCUCUAAAUAUCUCCCAGCACAUCUCACUACCCAGCUUAACCUAGAUUUAGAUACAGAAAAGGCUCUUGCUGGUGAAGAGCUUGUAGAUUAUCUGGAAAAGGUCCAAGAAAAAAAAAAGAAUCAAGAGUUGCAGUCAGCCAUUGAGCUUCGCAAUAAAAAUAUUCUUGAACAAGAAACAACCGAACUAUCCGAUGAUGAUGACGAUGAAGACGAGGACGAAAUGAUCAUGUCCGGUCAAAUGGAUGUUAGUAUUUUGCUUUACGGUAAAGAUGUUUACGAUUAUGAUGUUAGAACCAUGCCUAAAAGCAAGCCCCGAAUGUUUCCAUUUGCCAUCAAACGACGGCGUGUAGAUGACUAUGGUGAAGUUCUUAAGCUUGACCAAUUUUCUAAAAUUGCAGAAAAAGAAGAAGCAGAAAAGGCUGCUGCUCUCAGUGGUCCAGCCCCGAUUGUUCCUUCUAACAAUAAAAAGAAGGAUGAAUCAGAAAAAACAACUUCUCUCAGCACAAACACGCAAUACAAUGACGAAACCUUUCGUCUUGACUCCUUUUCUACGAUCGCAAAGCCUACCAAAAUUAUACCAAAGUCUGCUGUUCUUAAGGUUUUGUGCCAUUUGGACUUUAUCGACUUUGAUGGCGUCACUGAUGCUCGUUCACUGAGAAUAAUUUUGCAACAAGUGGAGCCCCGACAGCUUAUUUUCUUGCCAUCCUCCCUCGAUAUUCGAAAUCCUCGUGUUUCUCAAAAAGCACAGCCAUCAUCUACAAAUGUUGAUGAGAUUGUUUCUGAAUACGAACAAGCUGCUGCCGAGAUGAAGCUCGAACUUAUUACAAAGGCACCCACAAAUGAAGCUAUUAUAACUCAAAUUGGUUCCAACUCAUACUCAUUGAUCAUUUCCCCAGAACUUGAAAAAGUCCUUAAAUGGCAGAAAAUUACUGGUGACUAUUCUGUGGCCCAAGUUAUGGGUAAGCUAGAAGUUACUAAGCUUGAAAAUACCGAACAAACACAGCCUCAAAAAGAAGGUGAGGUAAAGACUAAAGAGGAAAAAAUUUCUUCUGAGUCAUCCACUUCUGAAUCUAAUAAUGAGCCCAAUAAUGAGCCACUUAAGAUUGAAAAAGAUGCGCCGUUGGCGAUCAAGACCGAGGAUUCCGAGGAUACACUGGAACUGACUCGUGUGGCUCUCAAUAAUGGUCUGCCAUCACAUUUAGUCCGCAACCAACCUAAGUCUGUCGUCCGUCUUGUGCCGCUUCAAAGUACAGACGAUAUUGUUUUGGCACGCGCCCAUGUAACAGGUCCAGUAACUGUUGGUGAUAUAAGAUUGGCCGAGUUGAAACGUCAGCUUGUAGCGCUUGGUCAUCGAGCCGAGUUCAAAGCAGAGGGUAUUUUGGUCUGUGACAACAAGGUAGCGGUUAGAAAGCUAACCCAAGGUAACAUUGUGGUAGAAGGUGGAAUAGGGCCUGAGUUUUAUAAGGUCAAGGGGAUUAUUAGAUCUAUGCUUGCAUAUGUAUAG